CAGUUGCAACUGCAGAGUCAUACGGAUAUGACAGGAGUAACGUUUCGAACAGCACAUUCUUAAGAGCAGUAACGUUAAAGGAGGUCGAAGAGCGACUGUCCGUAUCGCAUGUUCGGGAAGAGUUAGAGCCGGGCGGUUCGAGCACUAUGAACGGAACCACAGCGAUCCCGACAGUGAGCAACUGCACGUUGACGCCAGAGAACCUGAACACAACAAGCAGCUCCCACACCUCGCCCUGGUUCUCCACCGUCUUCGCAGCAGUGGGGAUCAUCUCCAACCUCAUCGCCUUCGUGGUCCUGAUCAAUGCUUACAGGAAAGCGCAGAGCAGGUCCAGGUCCUGCUUCCUGGUCUUGCUGUGCGGACUGGUGAUGACGGACUUCACUGGGCUGGCAGUGACGGCGUCCAUUGUGCUCACUUACCACCACACCCGGUUCAGUUGGGAGGUGGUCGACCCUCACUGUCACCUGUGCGAGUUUCUGGGCUACGCCAUGGUUUUCUUUGGACUCAGCCCCCUGCUGCUGGGAGCCACCAUGGCGGUGGAGCGAUUCCUAGGCAUCAACAGGCCCUUCCUGCGGACCACCAGUUCGUCGAAGCAGCGCGCCUGGCUUGCGGUCUUCAUGAUCUGGCUGUUCUCAAUGAUCGUCGGACUCUUGCCCAUCUGGGGGUUGGGGCAGUACACACAUCAAUGGCCCAAGUCCUGGUGUUUCUUUAACAUGACAUCCGAGGGUGACAUGGCCUUCUCUCUCUUGUUCUCCGGGGUUGGCCUUCUCUCCCUGGCCAUGUCCGUGGUCCUCAACACCAUCAGCGUGGUCACGCUGUUCAGGGUCUGCUUCAGCCGCGAGUCCCUGCAAAGGAGGCGAGACCAUGAAGUGGAAAUGAUGGUGCAACUCCUGGGGAUAAUGAUUAUUGCCACCGUGUGCUGGGCUCCACUGCUGUUUCUCAUCAUCAAGGUUGCUUUGACAGACAAACCUAAAGACAUCGACAAGGCGACCACUCUGAUCAUGUGUAUCCGAAUUGCCACGUGGAACCAGAUCCUCGAUCCCUGGGUCUAUAUUUUAUUCCGAAGAUCAGUCUUGAAGAGGUUCUAUCCGAGUCUCAAAUACAGGCCCUCGAUUUCAUCCUUGUACCCCGCCAUCAACGCUUCAUACAGAAGGCGAUUCACACAGGCAUCGGUCACACCCACGUUGGAGUAGAAAUUCUGUUUGGGUCUGAAGUGCUAUUUAUAUUUACAUUAAAACUGCUGUGUGCAAUCGGCUGCCGUGUUUUGCUC